GAGGGCGGAGCGAUUUCUCUCCCAAGAGUCCCCUCCUCGGAAGUAGACGUCUGUCUAUUCCGUUCAUUUUUUUAAAUACAAUUUCAUUUGGAAGAACCAAAUUUCCCCCCCAAAAUAAAACUCAAAAUGGAAUCGAAGAUGGACUAGCUUAAGACCCGAUUCCCCUCUUUGUUAAAUCUUAUUUUAAUGGACCGGAUGAUUUCCAAGUUAAACUGUGAUUCCCACAGCUUUGCAGGGAAGGUAGCUGUAUCCAGUGGGGAGGUAGGCACAUCCAAGGGUCGCGAAUAUGAAGUUUGCCGAACCCUUGGAAAGCCAGAGGCUGUCUUUUCUUCUGGAAAACGCAGCCUCUAGGGAAGACCAUAAGUGGAAGGCGUACACGCCAAAAAAGCCGCCUCCCGGCUGUCAGGAUACAGACAUCUCCCCUGUCCAGCGCGAUGAGGCCGUGUGCUGGCUCAUUGACCUGCAUGACACCACCAGGCUCUAUCCAGAGACCCUCUCCCUUGCCAUCAGUAUUUUAGACCGUUUCUUAGCCACUGUAAAGGCCCGUCCGAAGUAUCUCCGCUGCAUUGCCAUCGCUUGCUACUUCCUGGCGGCCAAAACCAACGAGGAAGACGAGCGUGUUCCACUGCUUCGUGACCUGGCCAGUAGUAGUGGAUGUGGCUGUUCCCCAUCAGAGAUACUGAGAAUGGAGAGGAUCGUUCUGGAUAAGUUGAACUGGGACCUGCAUUCUCCAACACCACUGGAAUUCCUGCACAUUUUCCAUGCCCUGGUGCUGUCCUGCAAGUCUCAGCUGUUGGUUGGUCUGCUGGGCUGCAACCUGUCGCAGCACCUGUGCAUGUUGACCCGACAGCUGCACUCCUGCCUGGCCGACAGCACCCUGCUGCAGGGCCUGUCCCGCGGCUCCAUGCUGGCCCUGGCCCUCAUCACCCUGGACCUGGAGAACAUCUGCCCCGACUGGCUGGCUCUCACCAUCCACCUGCUGAGGAAAGCACAGAUCGACAGUUCUGAGCUGAUCCGUUGUCGAGAGCUGGUGUCACGUCGCCUGUCCACUAAGGAAGCUUCCCUGCCUCCCAACAACACUGUGUACAUCUACCGGCCCUCGCGCCCCUCACCAUCUUUGGCCCCGGGGCCCUGCGACCAGGAAGGAGAGCCCAACAUCAGGCUCCGCUCCCUGGUUGCAGACCCACCACCGCUGGCCCCACCUGCCCUGGCCCCACCUGCCCUGGCCCCAGCCCAAAAGAACAGGGGCCUCGCCUGGGUCGCCGCCAACGUGCACCAGGUCCAUGUUCCAGCCAAGCCCAGCCACCACUUCACUUACCGCCUCCAGUUCCCUCUGCGCAGCAAGCACUCAGCCAAGCGCAAGGUGGAGGAGAUGGAGGUCGAUGAAUUCUACGACGGGAUCAAACGCCUCUACAACGAAGAGAAUUGGGGAGCUCCGGAGGGGGCGGCCGUAACCGCGGAGGGCCAAGGGUUCGGGGGGGGCGACGUCCUGCCAACCAGGCAGGAGGUCAACAACUCCCCCUGUCCUCCCCUUCAACCAGUCAGCCUCACGUAGAGGAGAGAAAGAAACCAAGGCCUUCUCUUCAUCUUAUCUGAGCUGCAAGAAAAAGGAGCCAGUGUGUUAAGCAGUCCCUGGCAUUAAUCACCACCACAGGGCUAGACUGAGCCAAAAAAAAAGAAGUUUAAAAAAAAAUGCUGCUAUUUUAUAAGUAUUUGUUGAGCACAAAUAUAAAAGGAUUAAAAAAAAGACAUAAAUAUAAAAGAAUUGUCCUUUAAAAAAAAAAAAAAAAGUAGAAUGACUGUUUCAGUGAGUUUCUCUCCCUGAGAUAUUUCUUUUAACAAAUGUAAGGUUGUUUGUCAUUUUAUUUCUGUUGCUGAAGCCAGCACUUCUUUUCAAGCAGUAUAUUUGUUCUUUUCAUUCGUCUGACUUUUUCCCUAAGCAUGUUUCUUUAACCCUUCACAAACAUGUAGUUAAUGUGUUAACUCGCCCCAGUAGGAGAGUGUGAAGUACUGACUGAUUGUUCGAUUGAUUUCUGUUAACUUAAUAAUCUAAAUAUCCACCCCAUACACACUUUUUUAAAAUAAACAUGUUUAUGUCUCAACCCCAAAUUGGAUCAUAUAUCCUACAGUGAUAUAUCACUAUUUUACUUUGGAGGGAAUCAGGUGCCAUUUGGGACAAACGCAAGGAAAACGGAUGAAGCUCUGGACCAUUUCGUACCUAAUCGUUGCUGUUCAAAAACAACAUGCUCUGUUUUAUUUUUUAAAAUUAUUAUUGCAAAAAGGCGGUCUCUAGAUCUGUGGUGCUGGUAAAUGUCAGCGCUCUGUCGAUACACAUUAUGGCACAAAUAAAGAGAACGUAAAAUGC